AUGGGGAAUUGUAUAAGGCACGAUAAAGCGUCGUCGGUGAAUUGGGGAGGCGAGGAUUGGGGGUCUCUGGCAAAUGAUGAUCUAGAUCACAAGCAUAUGAGGAAGACGAAGAAGAUAGAAGAAGAAGAAGAAGAAGGAGAAGAGGGGCUUCUUGGAGGUGAAGAUGGUAAAUUUGGUUCUUACGAUUCUUCGGAGACGAAAGUUCCGCCACCAGCAGGAGCUACAGAAGUGAAGAUAAAGAUGACGAAGAAGCAGCUGGAGGAGUUGAUGGGUAGGGUGGAGCUGAAGCAAAUGACUGUGCAGCAGGUUUUGGCACAGUUGAUCAUGAGCGUCAGUAGUAAUAAUAGUGAUCCAUACGAGACUGAUCAUCAACGGCCGUGGAGGCCUGUCCUUCAGAGCAUUCCCGAGGUCAAUUGA